UAGCCAGCAGCAAGACAGCUGUGUUUGAUCAUAAACCACUUAAACUCCAGCCUCACUGGCAGGGGAAACUUUAGCGUGAAGUGCAGCACUGGUUUCUCUAGGGGAAGGGAGCGUUCUUCUCUUUUCUUUCUGCCUCCCCAGAUACUGAGAACUAUAGCAGCACUCUCUUUUUAAUUUCUCUGUGAACUUGUGUGAAGCUCAUCAGAUUUUUCUGAGUAUGUUCAGCGGCAUUGAGAGAUGCCCUUUAACAGAGUUGUGGAAAAGAGCGGCGUAAAGCGGAUAGCAGAGAUGAAGCACGCCUUGUAGAUGGACUAAGACAGCCCUGGGAUCCUGGUAAGCACGUCAUUCCCUGCAUUCUCUGAGCACUUCACAUUAUUAACAAGCCUCUCUAAGCAAUGGAUUGUCUGUGAAGUCAAAGCCAGUUUGGCUCUUUUAGAAGGUCUUGCAUCAUAAACUUAAACUCUCAAUGUGGAGUAAAAAUGGCUGUCUAGAGCAAAAUGUGUAAGAGAGAAAAAUUUUGGAGAAGAAAGUAUUGAAUCAGUUGAACAAAGCUUUGAAGCAUUACAAUCUGCAGAAAUCGUCAAGCCCUGAGAAGACUAAUCAUGAAUUCUGGAGUUGCUAUGAAAUAUGGAAAUGAGUCCCCUGCAGAGCUGAGUGAGCUUCAUUUAGCAGCCCUGGCUUCAUUAAAGGGAGACAUUGUGGAGCUUAAUAAGCGUCUACAACAAACAGAAAAGGAGCGUGACCUAUUGGAAAAGAAAUUGGCAAAAGCACAGUGUGAGCAGUCCCACCUGAUGAGAGAGCACGAGGAUGUGCAGGAGCGAACGACGCUGCGCUACGAGGAGCGGAUCACAGAGCUGCACAGCAUCAUUGCCGAGCUCAACAAGAAAAUCGAUCGGCUGCAGGGUGCAACCAUAAGGGAGGAGGAUGAAUACUCGGAGCUGCGGUCAGAGCUGAGCCAAAGCCAGCAGGAGGUUAAUGAAGACUCACGCAGCAUGGACCAGAACUCCGUCUCAGUGCCAGAGAACCAGUCCACCGUGGUCACUGCAGAUGUGGAUAACUGUAGUGAUUUGAAUUCAGAACUGCAGAGAGUGCUGACAGGUCUGGAAAAAGUUGUCUGUGGGAGGAAGAAAAGCAGCUGCAGUUUAUCGGUGGCAGAAGUGGACAGGCACAUUGAACAACUCACUACUGCCAGCGAACAUUGUGAUUUAGCUAUUAAGACUGUGGAGGAGAUUGAGGGAGUGCUGGGACGUGACCUUUAUCCAAACCUGUCUGAGGAGAGGUCUCGGUGGGAGAAGGAGCUGGCUGGCCUACGGGAAGAGAAUGAGAGCCUCACAGCCAUGUUGUGCAGCAAAGAAGAGGAGCUCAACAGAACCAAGGCCACCAUGAACGCUGUCCGUGAGGAGAGGGACAGGCUGCGUAGAAGGGUUCGGGAGCUGCAGACUCGUUUGCAGAGUGUGCAGGCCACGGGCCCGUCCAGCCCGAGCCGCCUGACUCCUGCCAACCGCCCCGUCAACCCCAGCACAGGAGAGCUGAGCACCAGCAGCAGCAGCAACGACAUUCCCAUCGCCAAGAUUGCUGAAAGAGUGAAGUUGUCAAAGACAAGAUCAGAGUCUUCAUCAUCUGAUAGACCUGUCUUAGGAUCAGAAAUCAGCAGCAUAGGGGUCUCUAGUACAGUGGCUGAACAUUUGGCACAUUCCCUCCAAGACUGCUCAAACAUACAGGAAAUCUUCCAGACUCUCUAUUCACAUGGAUCUGCUAUCUCUGAAAGUAAAAUCCGAGAGUUUGAAGUGGAGACGGAGAGAUUAAAUAGCCGUAUUGAACACUUGAAAUCCCAGAACGACUUGCUGACAAUAACACUGGAGGAGUGCAAGAGCAAUGCAGAGAGGAUGAGCAUGCUUGUGGGCAAGUACGAGUCCAAUGCCACGGCCCUCAGGCUGGCACUGCAGUACAGUGAACAGUGCAUAGAAGCAUAUGAGCUGCUGUUAGCAUUGGCAGAAAGUGAGCAGAGUCUCAUUCUUGGCCAAUUCAGAGCUGCAGGUGUUGGUUCUGUUGGGGACCAGACAGGUGAUGAAAAUGUCACACAAAUGCUUAAGAGGGCUCAUGACUGCCGGAAGACAGCUGAGAAUGCAGCAAAAGCCUUGCUGAUGAAGUUGGAUGGGAGCUGUGGGGGAGCCUAUGCAGUCACAGGCUGCAGUGUGCAGCCCUGGGAAAGCCUAUCCUCCAACAGCCACACCAGUACUACCAGCUCUACUGCAAGCAGCUGUGACACAGAGUUUACGAAGGAGGAUGAGCAGCGGCUGAAGGAUUACAUCCAGCAGCUGAAAAACGACAGGGCAGCAGUGAAACUGACAAUGCUGGAGCUGGAAAGCAUCCACAUUGAUCCUCUUAGUUAUGAUGUGAAGCCACGUGGAGACAACCAGAGGCUGGACCUGGAAAAUGCAGUCUUGAUGCAGGAACUCAUGGCAAUGAAGGAAGAGAUGGCAGAGCUCAAGGCACAGCUUUACCUGCUGGAGAAGGAGAAGAAGGCUUUGGAAUUGAAGCUGAGCACUCGAGAGGCCCAGGAGCAGGCCUACCUCGUCCAUAUUGAGCACUUGAAGUCUGAAGUGGAAGAACAAAAAGAGCAGAGAAUGAGGUCUCUCAGCUCAACCAGCAGUGGAAGCAGAGACAAACUGGGCAAGGAGUGCAGUGAUGGCACUGCAACACCGCUAACACUUGCUGAGCUGAGACCGUACAAUGAGAGUGAACUGACUGCUGAGCUGACAAAUGCACUCAGAAGGGAGAAGAAACUGAAAGCAAGAGUGCAGGAGUUAGUGAGUGCCUUGGAGAGACUCACAAAGAGCAGUGAAAUCAGACAUCAGCAGUCUGCAGAAUUUGUUAAUGACCUUAAAAGGGCAAACAGCAACUUGGUUGCAGCUUAUGAAAAAGCGAAGAAAAAGCAUCAAAAUAAGCUGAAGAAACUGGAAUCACAAAUGAUGGCCAUGGUGGAGAGACAUGAAACCCAAGUAAGAAUGCUCAAACAAAGAAUAGCUUUACUGGAAGAAGAGAACUCCAGACCACACACCAAUGAAACUUCACUUUAAGUGCAUCUCUUUAAAGGAUGCUUAGUGCCAUUACAACUUUCUUUCUUUUGGAGGUUGACUUUUAGGUAGCUUCAAAUGUUAAAAGCUCUGACUGUCAGUGCUGACAAACUUAAAAGCUCCUUCUCUGGGACCCCAGAGAGGUAUCAUGGGGAUAAUAAAAGUGUUAACCUUAAGGACUGUUUCAUAAUGUAAAAUGGCAGUGCCUGAAUUAUCACGCUAUAAUUGUGUACAUUGUCUGUGUUGUUAUCUCUGUAUUCAUACAGCUUCUCUUCCAUUUUAUCAAUGGCCCAUGGGUGACAGUGUCACACAGCAGAAUAAUUCAUGUUAAGAGGUUUUCAUUUGGGUAGUUAGGGGAUCAUGGGGAAGUUUUCCCAGUCCCUGAGCUCUCUCUGACACAAGUCCAUACUGUACCCUCAUGACUUGCUGCUGUGGAUUCACCACCAACAGGCAGCUGCUGCAGAGUGGGCAUGGCAGCCUGGCUGGCUUUUUCUUUGCGCCCUACUUGCAGUUCUGCUGUUCACAGUGCAGGUCAGGUAGGAAGACUGGGAAAAAAACGAGAAAGUAUUGUUGCAUCUCUGAGAAUUAUAAUAAAAGUGUAAUUCUUACAGUGCGUAAGAGGGCCAAAGGCUGUGGGUUUCACCAUGCCACACAGAUGGUCUGUGCCAAGUGUGGGUCAGAAAUUACAGAAGACCUCCUGGUAUUUAUAUUGCAUGGUGUUUGCAACUACUUUGUAGAAAAAAUUGGUUUUUCUUGUGAUAUACACUAUAUCCAAGGUUUUCUUUAAGAAGCUGGGCCAUUUUUGUCACAUGUGUUGUGCUUAUUACAGCUUACUCUGAUCAAGAGGUGGAAUGUCGUCUUUUUAUACUUUUUUUGACCAAAAAAGGGUACUUAAGUAAUGUACCUGUUUAAUAUUGAAUACAUAGGCACAAAAUUAUAGAUGUGUAGAUGUAUGGAUAUCCAGCCACAAACAGAAUGUGAAUGGUGAAGUCUUACAGCUUUCUUAGGUUAGUUUUUGUUACUGCUAACAAUCACUUGUUUAAAUCACGUAUUACUGUAUUAUCAAACUAACUGAAGUGCAAAUUUUGUCUUGUUAGGUUAAUGAAUAGUAAGCAAAUCAUGGGGAUCAGGUUGAUUUCUGUAGGGGUCAAAAUACAGGAGUCUGCCAUAGCACCUAUUAUAUUCAGAAUUAACUUUUUUUUUUCUUUUUUGUUUUCCUUUUUUUUUUUUCUUUUCUUCUUUUUGACAGAGUACGUUAAAAAGCUUCAUGUGUGUUUUAAAAAGCCAAGCUAUAGUCCCUUCACUGUGUUAGCCUGCUGCUGUGUUAUGCCUCUGCUUUGCGUUUUCCAGGCUGAUUUUCAGUGAAUCUGAUUUCAGGAGAUGUUUAUUGGUUUUGCUUUACAUGCUGAGUUGCACCUCAAGUUUUUUACUAGUAUAUUUAGAAUUAUGAUAACUUUUCUCAUUUAUUCCUCCCAUUACUAGUACUAAGGAAAUAUUUUAGCGGACUCUUUUUGCCUGUUGUUGGGCUAGGUCAGACAACAUAGUUGUGGGAAUUUGUGUUCAGAAUAUGGCAUUAUUGUUAAGUCUUUGUUACAUCUGGAAGUGUAGCUGUUGGUUUUCCAUCUCUUACCACUGUAGCUGCUGUUGUCUUCUGUCCUUAAGAGUAGUCGAGUCGUUCCUACGUCCAUGGAGUCUAGUACAUCAUCCACAAAGCCAGCAUCCCAUGUGGUUGAUUGCAACAGCAAAUUAAAACAAUGCUGAUUUCAAAAUUUUUACGUAGUGAUGUUCUGGUUUUGAUCAACCCUAUUUCUCAGAAUAAUUGCACUUCUUAAUUUAUAAUAUCACAAAAAAUUACUGCAAAUGAGUCUCUUGAGGGAGAAGGCACAUUGAUUUCUUCUGUCUCUGUGGUUUUGCUUAGCAGCUCUCUAAGGUGUUUCCCCUUUUGGCCCAAUUUUCUCACGCCCAGGAGCAUUGGGGUUUACCAUCAGCAGCUGAGCACUCUCUUGUUUUGAAGAAUCACAAAGGAAAGUAUCGACCAUGUGCUGUGGCAAAAAUGCAGUUACACUCUUGUCUUUCAGCAUCUGAAAAACCCAUGUGAGUUGAGGUCACCUCAGAAUGUCUGUGUGAAAUACCUUUCACUGGAAAGGACAGAAACCGUAAUGCACUGAGCUGCCUCUUAGGCUCAUUUCUUUCCCUGUUGUGAUUAACGGGAUUACAGAAUGGGUUGGGUUGGAAAUGACACUAAAAAAUCACCUUGUUACAAUCCCUUUCGGGGGCCAGGGACAUACUCCACUGGACCAUGUUGCUCCAAGCCCCAUCCAACCUGGCCUUAAGACAUUACAGAGAUGGGGCAGCUACAACUCCUCUGGGCAGCCUGGGCCAGGGGAAGACGUUGCUUCUGCACCCUCAGCACAGAAGAGUUUCUUCCAUAAAAAAAUUCAGAUACUCUUACACAGAGGUUUUUCCCAGACCUGACAAUAUCCUGAUUAUUUCUCUACAUUUAGCACAAAUCUUCCGUGCCAACUGUGCUCUAGAAGUGCAUUAGAAUAAAUUAUAAAUCAUCAGUAAAUGUAAACCACUCCCAUUUUUUUCCCCUGUAAGGGUUGUAGAUGAAAAAGCAGCACUGGUACCAUCCAGCAUUGGCAGUAGCUGUAGCUUGCCAGAUCAGCAGUUGAUUUAUUUGCCUCAGCAAGCAGCUGCUGCAUCAUUUGUUGGCACAGCAGAACGAUCAACUGGGAAGUGGUCACAGGUUUAAUGUUACUGUGAAAACUGUUCAUUAGUGAUAAUCAGCUUCAGCUCCAGUGUACCCCAUUAAAAUGGCACCAACUCUCACAAAAAAUGCCAUGAAAACUUCAAACUCCUUUUAUGCAACUCUGAAGUACCAGCACACCAGAACUACCUGAGCAUGCAGUGCACCGUGAGUUACAGCAACUUAAUUCUCUUAACGCUUGUUGCAGAAAUAAUAAAUUUGCAAAGCAAGAGGUGAUUCUUGUCAACCUAAGUCCAUUCACUAAUUAAUGAUUGGACUUUUUUUGAACCUUUGUAUUUCACAGAGUGCUCAGAAAAAAUCCUUUUUUUUUCUCUAUGAUGUACAAAUCUUCACCAACUUGAAUGUACUGUUAGCUUUUGCAAAACACAUGUGACUAAGUUUGCAUUCAUGUCAUGCUUUACUAGUUUAAUUAGUUUUCUCCUCCUGCAUACUGCACCAUGCAUUGUAACUUUAGAAACUUUUCACCUUGCUGAAUUAGCUUUAAAUGUGUUGCUACCUUUUAGUUUCCAAGCUGUAAAAUAGCUGUUUUGUGUUCAUUUGAUAUAGAAUUGUAAAAACUGCAUUUAUUUAUACAGAGGCAUUUAUAAUACUUAUAUUACAAAUGUUCUUAUAUUCUGAUUAAAUUUCUAAUGCUG